AUGCACUACACCUCCCUCUACUCCCCGCCGCCCCCCACGCCCGUCGUGAACCUCCACGACUUCGUCUUCGAUUCUCCCGCUUACAACGAGCCGGACAAGGUCAUCUUUAUCGAGCCCCUCGCAGGCCGCCAGUGGUACAGGGAUGAGGUCAGGCAGCGCAUCAACGAGGGCGCGACCGCCCUUGUCACCCCGGAGGCAGACGGAGGCUUCGGGCUGUCCCCAGACGGUGAGCUCGUCGCGGUGAUGAGCACAAACUGCGUGGAAUACAUCCUCCUCGCCCAUGCGCUCUUCAAGACCACCAACCCCCUCGUCCUCAUCCCGUCCGGUGCGACCGCGUUCGAGCUCGAGCACUUCCUCAGCGUAUCCACCGCAACUCGACUUUUCGUGCAUGCGAGCCUCCUCCCCAUCGCGCUCACCGUCACCAAGAAGCUCGGGUUCCCGGACAGUCGGAUCUAUGUUCUCUCAGGCGACCCACAAAGUGGGCGUCGGGAUCUGAUGUCCGCGAUGGAUGAAAUCCGGAGACGCAAUAUUCCUCACGUCCCGUCAAAGCCGGUCAAGGACGACACACUGCUCUACUUGGUGUUUUCGAGCGGCACGAGCGGUCUUCCGAAAGCCGUAAUGCUUUCCCACAAAAAUACGAUCGCGAGCAUGGUGGAGGUCGCUCAUGCGGCCGCGGGUGAUGAUCCGCAUCCGUUCUUCGAGAAAAACCCACCGAUUGGCCUCGGGUUCCUGCCUAUCUACCACACCUACGGGCUGCAUUUUAUUUGCAUUCGUCCCGUCUGGACGGCGACGGCCGUCAUCCUCAUCCCUCGCUGGAAUGCCGACCUCGUCCUCGACCUCAUUCCAAAAUACCGCAUCAACGUCGUCCCCUUCACGCCUCCCGCGAUCCUCCAGCUCGUCAACCAUAGACGGAUCCGCGAAGUCGACCUGAGCUCCUUGGUCUCCAUGGGCAGCGGUGCAUCCCACCUACCGCCCAAGGUCGCGAACGCAUUCACGCGACUCGCCAAGAACGUCGGCCGCGUGAACGAAGGCUUCGGCAUGUCCGAAUGCACGGUCUCCGCGACGCGCGCGUGCCCAGAGAGCAAGUUCGGCGGGCCGCGGCCCGGCAGCACCGGGGUCCUCCUCCCGGGCGUCGAGGCACGCAUCGUGCGCGACGACGGCACGCUCGCGGGCGCGGACGAGCCCGGCGAGCUCUGGCUCCGCGGGGACAUCAUCGCGCUCGGCUACUGGCGGAACCCGAAGGCGACCGCGGAGACGUUCGUCGACGGCUGGCUGCGCACCGGCGACCGCUUCCGCGUCGACCGCGACCAGCACUUCUUCUUCGUCGAGCGCAUCAAGGACGUCCUCAAGGUCUCCGGCCAGCAGGUCUCCCCCACUGAGCUCGAGAAUGUCCUCCUCGCGUGCCCGGACCGGCUCGUCGCCGAUGUCGCUGUCGCGGGCGUGCACGCGCCCGGCACGCGCCUCGCGGACGAGCGCGUGCCCCGCGCGUGGGUCGUCCUCAGCGACGCGGGCAGCCGCCGCGGCGCGGACGCCGCCGUGCGCGCGCUCGACGCGUGGAUCCGGACCAGCCUGAGCAAGUUCAAGUGGCUCCGCGGCGGGAUCGCGGUCGUCGACGAGAUCCCGAAGAACCCGACGGGGAAGGUGUUGCGCCGGGUGCUGGUGCAGCAGUACGAGGAGCAGCUUAAGACGGCUCCUCAGGCGAAGCUGUGA